AUGACACCUAGAGCCAAGAGAGCGCAAAGAAAAAAAUGGCGUGACGCCUUCAAUGCCUAUUAUAAAAGAAAGAAAGAUGCAAAAGCCGCUGCAAUGAGAUUUGUGGAGUUACAUAGCCCCCCAGACAGUGAGGCAGAAGAGAAUAACGAGCGUAGAACAGAAUUGAUUAUACUAAAUAGGAACUCUCCUUCUCCUUCAAUUCUCGCCUCUUCUUCAUUGUUACCGAUUAUGCGAGACAAUAAAGAAAAUACUGAUCGCAAUUCAAGAAUCACAAGAUCGCAGGGAAGUCCCCUUUCUGGUUGCACAUCACAGGUUUCAGAAACAUCUUCAGUUCUCAGCAGAGAAAUUUCCCCUUUCCAAUCAAUCAGAAGAUUAAGAUACAAAAAAGACAAAAAAUUAAAGAACUUACAAGACAAUUGGAAGGAGUUAAGAAAGUAA